GCAACUGCAAUUUUCCUCCGUUUCGGCCCAGAACCGGCUGUACUUGAUUUUACCUCUGCGUCGAAAAAACACCCCUUGUUAAAAUGAUCAAUUGUCUCACGUCAAAUGUCAGCGAUACUUUUUCAUAUUGCUGUUACAAUUUAUAUCAGCAGGAAUUUUAAGGCCUUGACCUUACCUUUUGCCAACGUUAAUAUCAAAUAAGUUGUGAGCUUGCGCAGGUGUGGCCUUCAAUUUCGUAGACGGUAUUUGUUUUUCAGCUGUUUCAGUAGUUUUUUCAGGUAUUUGUGAUUUUUCAGCUGAUCUAAAUUUUUAACGCCCGUAGUUUUCAACACAAAUAAUAAACCCACAUUCUAAUACCUCAUAAGCUGAAGUGAUUCUGAAAGUGGUCCCAAAGAGGUUAAAGUGUCCAUCUGAAAAACACGCACUUAACAGUUGCCUUUAAUUUUCGCUGUUUUGCAGUUUGUGUCGCUCCCAGGCAAUUUAAGCCCAGCGAACCACUAUACUUUAAAUAGUUUACUGCCGAAAGUGCGACGCUGCUUUCCAACCCUAUGAAGAAUUUUUGAUUCACGCAUAUUGUCUACGGCUGAACAUCUUACUCAGAGCUCGCGUGAACUUGCCGCCCAGGUCCCGCGGCGAUGGGCCGUCCUUUGGUGCUGUUCCUGCUCUGCGCGGGGUUGCUAACCGUGGUUUCAGCGGCGGCGUCGGGUGGUGGUACCUGGUGGGCGACAAUGUAUCCGGAUGCGCAGAUGCAGGGUACCGCAGCCCCGCUGCAAGGGAAGAACGACCCCAAGGACUGCCAGAAGGUGCCCAAGGGGGUCACCCCGUCUUCCAUCCAGAUGGACGUGGGGCCCGAAGGGGAGUGCUUCCAGAGUCUCAACAUGUACUCGGACGAGAACUGUAAGACCAAGCUGGUCUCCUUCAAGUGCUCUCAGCAAACGCUCGACAAAAAAUUCGACAAUAAAAUACGCUCGGCGGCCUUUGCAGGAACGUGCUCUAGGAAAGAGACGCCUUGCGGGGGGAGGAAAUAGGUACGCCGAGAAAAAACUAUGGUUGUUAUAAUCAGUGGUGUUCAAUAUGCACUCUUAAAUACUAGUGGUCAUCAUCAAUAAUAGUGAUAUUUCUACUGGAGCAAUCGUAAUUUUACAAAAUAUCCCUAUUAUUGGUUAUAGCAACUACUAAUUAAGUUUAUAAAAGCAUAUAUGGUGACCUUUAUAUUGAACACCACUCAUAUGGUAAUUAUAACUAUAAUUUUUUCUCAGUGUAGUUUCGCAAUAGCAGAAAUCGUCAUAUUCCGGCCGAAGUAUCACAAGCGCCAUUUUACGUUUAUAAAUUACCGCCAUUUUAUUUUUUGUAGGGAAAUUUGUUCAACGAAGCUGUCCGAUUUCACUGAAUUUUCUUCGU